CUCGCGCGCCAGCCGAGGUUUCCAUGGAGACCGAGGCUGGGCCUGGGAGGCCUGCCGGCGUUGCCAUGGAGACAACUCCCGAGCUGGGGUUCUGCAGCCCCGGCGCGCGGUUGGUUCAGAGCCCCGGGGAGGUGCCGCGCGAGGCUGGGGUGGCGGCUGCACGCUGGGACCCGCGGAAGCACUCCUUACUCAUCGUGAUCGGAGACAUCGGCACCGAGAGCCAGCUUCGGGCCGUUCGGGUCCACCUGGAACAAGGAAUUCUUUCAUGGAACAUUGACUUAUCCCUCUGCAACCUGAAUCAGCAGCUGAGACUCUUCAUUACCCGGCACUUAGCUCACUUCUCCUCAGAGGUCAAAGGCCAGCGGACCCUCUGUCAUCAAAGUGAGACCCUCGAGACCGUCAUUCUAGUAAACCCCAAUGCAGGGAGCAUCAGCUCUGAGGUGUACUCCCUCCUUAGCAGCCCAUCGGCUCACAAGCUGCUGAUCUUGAGUGGACAGAGUUCAGAGCCUGGUGGAGAUCUCAUUCUACAGAGUGGCACCUACUCCUAUCAGAAUUUUGCCCAGGUCCUUCACAAUCCGGAGGUUGCACAACUGCUCAGCAACAGAGACCCCAGUGUUCAGGCCUCCCUCACUGUGUCGUGCUUGGGUGAGGGUGACUGGAGCCGCCUGGGCCAAUACAGCUCCCAGGAAACCUUGCACCUUCGGCUAAACCCGGAGCCCACAUUGCCCACCAUGGAUGGUGUGGCCGAGUUUGCAGAAUAUGUCUCUGAAACUGUGGAUGUGCCGUCUCCCUUCGACCUGCUGGAGCCCCCCACUUCUGGAGGCUUCCUCAAGCUUUCCAAGCCCUGCUGCUAUAUCUUCCCUGGCGGUCGUGGGGACUCCGCUCUCUUUGCUGUCAAUGGUUUCAACAUCCUCGUGGACGGUGGCUCUGACCGGAAGUCCUGCUUCUGGAAGCUGGUGAGACACCUAGACCGCAUUGACUCGGUCCUGCUCACUCACAUAGGCGCCGACAACCUGCCCGGCAUCAACGGGCUCCUGCAGCGCAAGGUGGCGGAGCAGGAGGAGGAGCAGAGCCAGGGUUCCAGCAGCUACAGCGACUGGGUCAAGAAUCUCAUCUCCCCGGAGCUCGGGGUGGUCUUCUUCAACGUCCCGGACAAGCUGCGCCUGCCCGACGCUGCCCGGAAAGCCAAGCGGAGCAUCGAGGAGGCCUGCUUGACCCUGCAGCACCUGAACCGUUUGGGCAUCCAGGCAGAGCCACUGUACCGAGUGGUCAGCAACACCAUCGAGCCGCUGACCCUGUUCCACAAAAUGGGUGUGGGCCGGCUGGACAUGUACGUGCUCAAUCCCGUCAAGGACAGUAAGGAAAUGCAAUUCCUCAUGCAAAAGUGGGCCGGCAACAGCAAGGCCAAAACAGGCAUCGUGCUGGCCAAUGGGAAGGAGGGGGAGAUUUCGGUGCCCUACCUCACCUCCAUCACAGCCCUGGUGGUCUGGCUCCCGGCCAGCCCCACGGAGAAGAUUGUGCGGGUGCUCUUCCCCGGGAACGCCCCCCAGAACAAGAUCUUGGAGGGGCUGGAGAAGCUUCGCCACUUGGACUUCCUGCGCUACCCUGUGGCCACCCAGAAAGACCUGGCCUCGGGGUCCAUACCCGCCAACCUGAAACCCAGUAAGAUCAAACAGCGGGCCGACAGCAAAGAGAGCCUCAAAGCCUCUGCCAAGCCCGCUGUGGGAAAGCUGGCCAAGCGCGAGGAGGUGCCUGAAGAAGGGGCGAAGGAGGCCCGCGCAGAGCUGGCCAAAGAGCUGGCCAAGAGCGAGAAGCGGGCCAAGGAGCCCCCGGAGAAACCUCCAGAGAAGGCGGCCAAGACCGACAGGGUUCGCACCGAGUCCAGUGAAGCGCUGAAAGCUGAGAAGAGGAAGUUGAUCAAAGAUAAGACUGGGAAGAAGCACCUGAAGGAGAAGGUGUCAAAACUGGAAGAGAAAAAGGACAAGGAGAAGAAAGAGAUUAAGAAGGAGAGGAAGGAGAUCAAGAAGGAGGAGGGGAAGAGAGAAGAGAAAAAGGAUGCUAAGAAGGAGGAUAAGAAGAAAGACGCUAAGCCAGAACCCAAGAAAUUUUCUAAGCCAGACCUGAAACCCUUUACUCCUGAGGUACGAAAGACCCUCUACAAAGCUAAGGUUCCAGGCAGGAUCAAGGCAGACAAAAGUCGAGGGGUCCGUGAAAAGGAGGCCUCCCUGGAACCCCGGACACCGCCAGCCCAGAAGGAGGUGGCAGCCCCGCCGGUAGUCGCCGCGCCCAGAGAGCUGGUCUUAUCCUCCCCCGAAGACCUCACCCGGGACUUUGAGGAGAUGAAGCGUGAAGAGACUGUUUUGCUGGAGCAAAAGGACAGUGACCUGGAGGUGAGGUCACACCCUCCUGAAACUAGGGAAGAAGGGCUGCCCAGCAUGGCGGGUCUGGAGGCUUCACCUUCUGGACUGGCCGUGGAUCAGGAUGAGGCUGUGAAGGGAGAGAAAGACAUUGCCCUGGACAUCCCUGGAGGGCCCACCUGCAAGGUCGGGAGCCCUGGUUCUGGGACCCAAAAAGAGGGGGCUGAAGAUGCUGGGGAGGUUCAGCGUGGGAAACAAAUGGAAGCUGAGAGGUUUCUAGAAGGAACAGAUGCCAGAGAGGAGAGCGAACCAGAAAUAAAGGAGGAUGUGAUUGAAAAAGCUGAGCUGGAAGAGAUGGAAGAAGUGCAUCCCUCAGAUGGAGAGGAGGAAGAGGAGGAGGAGGAGACAAAGGCUGAGGGUUUAUUCCAGAAGCACCAUCUGCAGGACUCCCUGAGGGUCACCUCCCAGGGCAGGGAGGCCCUCGGGGGUCGGGAACUGGGACCCCCGGGUAAGGCCCCUGAGAAGGAGACAUCAUCAUUCCUCAGCAGCCUGGCUACUCCUGCAGGAGCCACAGAGCACGUCUCGUACAUACAGGAUGAAACCAUCCCCGGCUACUCAGAAACAGAGCAGACCAUCUCAGACGAGGAGAUUCAUGAUGAGCCCGAGGAGCGCCCCGCCCCAUCCAGGUUCCCUGCAGGUACCUAUGACCUCUCAGGGCCUGACGCUCCCAGCUCCUUUGAGACCAGCCAGCCCAUGGAGAGCGCUGUCCCUUCCACCCCUGCUAAAGGCUUCGGGCCCCCAGACACAGAACUCCUCACUUACCCCCCCAACAUGGUGGCCGCCCCCUUGGCUGAAGAGGAGCACGUGUCCUCGGCCACGUCCAUCACUGAGUGUGACAAGCUGUCCUCCUUUGCCACGUCAGUGGCCGAGGACCAGUCGGUAGCCUCCCUCACGGCUCCCCAGACCGAAGAGACGGGCAAGAGCUCCUUGCUGCUGGACACGGUCACCAGCAUCCCUUCGUCUCGCACCGAAGCGACUCAGGGCCUGGACUACGUGCCGUCCGCAGGUACCAUCUCCCCCACCUCCUCCCUGGAGGAGGACAAAGGCUUCAAGUCUCCACCAUGUGAGGAUUUCGCGGCGCCCGGUGAGGCCGAGAGGAAGGGCGAGGCCCCGGGAAGAGGCCCGCUUGCAGAUGGAGAGGAGGCAGCCGGGGCCGCCGGCGUGGCGCUGUCAGAGAAGCUGCAGGAUCGCUACGGGCCCCCACUCUUCGACACGCCUGCGCCCACUCUCCCCUCGGGGGAGCCGAUCCUCGGGGAGCCGGAGGAGCGCUGCUUCAGUCCCGACGACAGCACCGUCAAGAUGGCAUCCCCGCCCCCGUCGGGCCCCCCCAGUGCCGCCCACACGCCAUUCCACCAGUCUCCCGUGGAGGAUAAGUCUGAACCUCAGGACUUCGAUGAGGCGGUGUCCUGGGGAGAGGCUGGACGUACACCAGGAGUUGGCAAGGAAGACAGCGCUAAGGAAAAGCCCAAAUCGGAAACGGUGGAAAGAGAACCAGAAAAGGAGAAAGCACACACCCCGCCCCCCAAGAGCCCUCCCACCCAGGGGGCAGCUGGGAGCAGAGUGCCAGAGCUGCCAGCACAGGACAAAGCUGCCGCGUCAGAAACUGUGGAGGUGCCAAAGAGCCCACGCUUGAUUCCUAGGACCGAGAGCCUUCCCGGAGGUCCGCAGACGUCACUCCAAGAGGCAGACGGGAUCCACGAGGAUGAGCCGCCCCACGUCUCUAGCCGAGUCCCCUCACCAGAAGACGCUGAGCCUCUCCCCAUAUCCAAGGCAGUUUCCCCAGGCUCUGCCAGCAAAGGACCUGCUUCCCCAUCUCCUCGAGGCUUGGUAGAACAUGGCCUGCCCAAGGACCACUGGCCAGAAGUCUCCCCCGAGGACACCAGGUCCCUUUCUCUCUCGGAGGAGAGUCCCAGCAAGGAGACCUCCCUAGACAUCUCCUCCAAGCAACUGUCACCAGACAGUCUGGGGACUCCCCAGCUUGGCGAUUUGGGCCACGAAAAGGAAGAGUCCGUCCCUGAAGCCCCGGCUGAGCAUGGUGCUCAUCGCUUGGCUCCUGCCUCUGACCACUCAGCCAUGGGGUUUUCUCUCACGGAAACCUCCCCCACCCACACGGCUCAGACCCACGUCACAGAUGACAGCCCCAUCAGAGAGAUACCUGACAGUCACUCCUCUCACACCGAGGUGCCCAGAGACUGGAAACUCUCUCCUGGAACGACCGCAGGCCCUGGGCAGGACACUAAGGUCCCAGACAGCUCUCUCACCAAAGGUCCCAAGCCCCCUGAGAGCCUGGUUGUGAAAGAUAGCCCCCCCGGGUGGGAGGGUGAGGCUCCAGGGCAGGACAUCAAGGCCCAGGAACAGAAGGAGAAAUCCCCAGAACCUGAGGAUGAGGCCCUGGAGAAGGAGACCUCUGAAAAGAACAAAUUAUUGGAAGAAAAGGACAAGGCUCUGGUAAAAAAGGGCAGAGACCUGGAGAAGGGCCAACCCCUAGAGGAGGAAAAGGCCCUGGAGAAGAGUGGAGAACUGCAGGAGUAUAAGGGUCAGGAGAAGGACAAAGUCGGAGCGGAGGCCCUGAAAGAGGACAGGGUCCAAGAAGAGGAGCAAAGAGCUUUAGAGGGAGACGGAGACUUAGAGCCCAAGAGCCCAAUGAGGGAGGAGAGAGCCCCAGCAGAAAAGGACAAGGUCCUAGGAGACAAAGACUUAAAAUCGACAGAGGUGGCCCCAAAGCAGGCAAAAACACAGGAAGGAAGCAGGGUCCUGGUAGAAGACGACCAGGCCCUGGAGGAGAAAGAGAAGACCAGGGUCUCCAUCUGGGAAUACAAGUCCCAAGAGCAGAAGGAGGAAUGCUGGACCAAACAGGAAGAGGAGAGCCGAGAAUGGCAGGGCACAGCCCCAGCCAGGGAGGCUGCAGUGGGAGAGCAAAAAGAGGCUGCUCCCAGGUGGGAAGACACGGCCCGAGAGCCUGACAGGUACUGGCAGGAACCCGAGGAUGAGGUGGCGGAACAGGAGACAUACUGGAAAGAACUGAGCUGCGAGAGAAAGGUCUGGUUUCCACAUGAACUGGACAGGACCCCGGGCCAAGGGGCCCGACCACGGUACAGCGAGGAACGGGAGAGCACCUUCCUCGAUGAGGGACCAGAUGAUCAAGAGGUGCUCCCCCUGGAUCAUACGCCCAGGAGCCCCUGGAUCCCAGAUUACAAAAGUUUCCAAGAGUCAUCACCACAGGGUGAGCUGGAGAUGGAGCGCUGGCUCUCAGAGUCCCCUACUGGGCUUCCACCAAAGGAAGACAGAGUAACUCGCUCCCCCUUUGAGAUCAUUUCCCCUCCAGCUUCCCCACCGGAGUUGGCUGGGCAGAUGGGUUGUUCAGUUCUGGAUCAUGCUGCUGUUCCUUCGGUCCUAGGUAAAGAGACCCCCGCUCCAGAACCCAAGCCCCUGCCGACUCCUCCGAAAGAGCCUGCUACACCCUCCUGGCUGGCUGAGAUCCCCCCCUGGGUCCCCAAGGACAGGCCACUCCCCCCAGCACCUCACUCCCCCGCUCCGGCACCCCCCACGCCCGCCCCAGAGCCACUUCCUCCUGCCCCUUUCUCUUGGGGUAUGGCCGAGUAUGACAGUGUGGUGGCUGCGGUGCAGGAGGGAGCGGCCGAGUUGGAAGGAGGGCCCUAUUCACCCCUAGGGAAAGACUACCGAAAGGCCGAAGGGGAGAGAGAGUGUGGAAGGGAGGAUGGGGUUUCCGACCCAGGCCCUGCGAGCUCGCAGGUCUCCGAGGCUGGGGAGCGCGCCGCAGCCAAGGAGCCUGAACAGGCGGAGCCCGAGCAGAGGGAGCCCACGCCGUAUCCAGAGGAGAGGAGCUUUCAGUAUGCAGACAUCUAUGAGCAGGUGCUUCUGUCUGGCUUCAGUUCAGCUUGUCCCACCAGGGAGCCCCCGCUGGGUGCCGCAGGGGACUGGCCCCCUCGAAUCUCAGCCAAGGAAGAGGCAGCUGGUCGGCACACCCCUGCAGAAAAGGAGCUGUCGUCUCCAGCCUCCCCUAAGGACCGCGGGGCAGACGCAGCCUUCCACUACGCCUCGUUUCCUGGGCAGGGCGCACUGAGGCAGGAAAUGGAGCCCAGUCCCAUCCCUCCAGCUGUGCCUCCCCGUUCUGCCGCUCCAAGCAAAGGCCACGGCUCCCCUCCUGACGGAAACCUCCUGAGCUGCAGACCAGAAGGGAUAACCCUGUGCCCCAAGGAGGCGAGUCGGGAGCAGGCAGAGUGCUGGGAUGAACAGGCCAGUGACUCUGAGCUGGAGAAGGGGGCUCGAGAGCCGUCCGAGAAGGAAGCCCGGCCCCUGAGCCCCCCCUCCCCUACUGCUGCUGAACCUUCUAUUCCCAAGGCAGGCCCGGAGGCCUCUUCCUCCGAUUCCCCCCCUGCCCCAGCUCGGCCUAGCCUGGACUUUCCCGCCUCAGCCUUUGGCUUCUCCUCAUUGCAGCCAUCUGCCCCCCAGCUGCCCUCCCCAGCAGAGCCUCGCUCUGCACCCUGUGGCUCCCUUGCCUUCUCUGGGGAUCGUGCAUUAGCUCUGACCCCAGGACCCCCAACGAGGGCCCGGCAUGAUGAGUACCUGGAGGUGACCAAGGCACCCAGCCUGGACUCCUCCCUCCCCCAGCUCCCAUCCCCUACCUCUCCCGGGGCUCCUCUCCUGUCCAAUUUGCCCCGGCCCGCCUCACCGGCCCUUUCGGAGGGCUCCUCGUCCGAGGCUACCACUCCUGUCAUCACCAGUGUGGCUGAGAGCUUCCCCCUAAGCUUGGCAGCUGGGGAGAUGGAACCGGGAGCAGAAGCAGCGGGCAGAAGCCUCUGGGACCUAACGGCCCUAAGCCCGGCCCCGCCAGCCACCCUGAGCCCUGCCCCUGCCCCUGCCCCUGCCCCCGGCCUGCCUGGGGACAUGGAUGACGGCACCCUGCCCUGCCGCCUGGAGUGCUCUGGAGCAGUCACCAAGGAGCUGGGAUCCUGCUCAAGCCCACCCAGGGACUGCGCAGCUAACGGCCCCACGGAGGCCAGCCCCAGCCCCCCGGGGCUCCCCACAGCCAAAGAAGUCCAGGAGAAAGCCGAGCUUCGCCCCGACUGGGAAUGUGGGGGCUGGCCCGCAGGAGCGGAGAAGUGCCCCCGGCCAGCCACGCUCUUAUCUCCAGAGCGGCCCUUGUGUCCGGGAGACUCCACCAGGAGCCGGCCUCGCAGCACCUCCCCUGAGCCGGAGUCUGGGCCCCAAGGAUGUGCUGCCGAGCCUUGGCCCCGCUGUGGAGAGCUGUCCCCAUCCUUUCUCAACCCUUCCCUGCCCAGGGCCGCCGUGGACGACAGCGAUCUUUCUACCGAAGAGGCACGGUUAGUUGGGCGAGGGGGACGGCGCAGGGCGGGGGGGCCAGGAGGCGCUGGGGGACCAGGCCCCGUGGCUGAUGAGACACCUCCCACUUCUGCUAGUGAUUCGGGCUCCUCACAAUCAGACUCAGAUGUCCCCCCAGAGACUGAGGAGUGUCCCUCCAUCACCGCGGAGGCAGCACUGGACUCAGACGAAGAUGGCGACUUCCUCCCCGUGGACAAAGCGGGGGGAGUCAGCGGGGCACACCAUCCCCGGCCUGUCCACGACCCACCCCCCGUUCCCCAGCCUGACCCCCGCCCACCCCCUCCACGCCCAGACGUGUGCAUGGCUGACCCCGAGGGGCUAAGUGCCGAGGCUGGGCGGGCUGAACGGCUUCGGGAGAAGGAGAAGGAGAAGGGGCGGAGUGGGCGAAGGGCCCUAGGCAGGGCCAAGCCAGCCUCCCCUGCCAGGCGUCUGGAUCUCCGAGGCAAACGCUCUCCCACUCCUGGGAAGGGCCCCAUCGAACGAACCUCCCGAGUCCCACCUCGGCCCCGAGCCUCCGCGGGCCAGAUGCCAUCUUCCGAAGAAAAGGAUGGACACAACAUUCUGAACAAGGGACUGGUCAAUGGCCUCAAGACUGGUUCAACUGCCGUGGGCCAGAAAGGUGGGUCGGGCCCUCCAGUGUAUGUGGACCUUGCUUACAUCCCUAAUCACUGCAGUGGCAAAACUGCUGAUCUCGACUUCUUCCGCCGUGUGCGGGCAGCUUACUAUGUGGUCAGUGGGAAUGACCCCGCCAAUGGAGAGCCAAGCAGGGCCGUCCUGGAUGCACUGCUGGAGGGCAAGGCACAGUGGGGAGAGAAUCUGCAGGUGACUCUGAUCCCUACCCAUGACACAGAAGUGACCCGUGAAUGGUACCAGCAGACACACGAGCAGCAGCAACAGCUGAAUGUCCUCGUCCUGGCCAGCAGCAGCACUGUGGUCAUGCAAGAUGAGUCCUUCCCGGCCUGCAAGAUCGAGUUCUGAAGGGACCACUUUCCCCUCCCUUUCAUACCCCUUUCCCCAGCUUUCCCAGAGAAUGGCUGAGGCUGAAUCCUUUGGGAGUGGGGGGGGCUAUGGAGGCUGAAUGGGGCAAAAUGCUUGGGUUCUAGGGGCUGUUGAGUGGGAGGCAUCAUUCCUCCCCCCUUAUUAUUCAAUGCCUCUUUCCCCUUUAUCCACAGACCUGAGAGAGGUCUCAGAACCAAAGCAUUUCCCCAGAACCAAAGGGAGCAGGGAGGUAGGGUAAGCUCAAAAUGGGGAUGGGGAAGGCCACUUGUUGCCCAGGGACCUUGAGUAACUCACUUUCUUCCAGAACUGUCAAAAGCUGGGGUUUAGGAGUGGGAAUACGUAUAGAACCCAGGAUUCUCAUGGAGAGCUCUGUCUUCUAGCAUGAAGAUCACUCCCCACUUCUUAGGGACCUCCUCAUCUCUAAAGUAUUUAUUUUUCAUCCCAGGAUUUCCAAUUAUAAUUUAUUAUACGACCUGGGGACAUGAUACUGUCAAUUAAAUGCCCAGAGCUACAACCCUGUCUUCUAUACCCCGAUUCUGGCAGAAGUUGGGGUUAUCUUGCUGCUACCCUGCCCCUAGGAUUUCUUCACAUCUGAAUGUCUCAAUCCAAAACUUGAAGCUCUUUUGACCAGUGGGCCAAACUGGGGAAGAGGGGAUGUUCUACUUUCCCCUAUCAGCCUCUGCCCCUCAUCGGUAGGCAGCAAAGGCAGGGAUCUUGCCUCUAAUCCUAUUCAUAUGCCAAGGGCCUAAUUCCCAGGCCAGGCCUGUUGGGCAGCAGAGGGGAUGAGGGAGGAACCAGACCAGCCCAAUCUCAGAGCUUUCCUGAGCCCCCCGGACUCCAUGGCAUAUUCCCUCCCAUGCUACUGCACAAACCUUUCCUGCUUGGCUUCUAUGCAUGUGGCCAUCUAUGCUGGCCUGGUGUGUAAUGGGUGAAAAUACGCCACUGCCUGAACCUUAACAUUUAACACCCCACCAUUGUGCAAUACCCCCCACAUUUCCAAUACCCUACUGCCCUCCUGUAGCUGAGAUGGGGAUACCUACUUCCUCCCUAGCCCAGAGUUCUCAGAAAUUAAAGCUGGGAGGUGGAAGUCACAGCAGAGGAAGAGUGGGGUGGGAGAAGUGGGGAAUACAGUGGAGGAGGUGAAGCUAAACUACAGCUCAUCAUUGUAGGAUCAAAAAAGACUGAACAUGGCACCUUAGAAAAAGGGACUUCCCCUCCUCCCCCAGAAAGUCCAUGUGUUCCCCUGCUUGUCUGCUGCCAGAUUGUGAGGCCGAGACCCUGACACAGUUGGUUGAAUGGGUUCAGCUCCUAUCCUGAAGGGAAGAAACCAAAAUAAGUUAUUUUCCUUGCUCCUUCCCCUUGCUGCUCUGCUCUUCAUCCCUGCCCAACCUUCCUUCUGGCUCCUCACACACUCAUCUUCCCACUGUUGUAAAGGAGCCACCCCGAACAUUAACAAUAAACCAACUUUAUGGCAGUUACCCCCUGGGCUGACCAAGCUCUUGUUGACUUCACAUACUACUUGGUCUUUGGACCAGUUUCUCCCUCUCUACUCCUCCCUCCUUGCCCCUACUCCCAUGGGAGAUUUCAUGAUUCACUAUAGAUUCAAAGGAGGAUGACCAGAAGCCUCCAAAAGAUCAUGUAUGUGUCAGGGGAGGGAUGGGAUGUCCUUAUGCCCCACUGUGCUGGUUUCAGAGACCAGGGAGAAAAGCUUAAGCACAGAAAACAAGAGUUUAUAGGAGGGAAAAAUAGUCAAUGACAACUUGAAGAGAAUUCCUAAGAAAGGGAUUUAAGAGUAAGGAAACAGGGACUGAUGUUAAAAGUGAACUAGAAUUAAAGACUAGUUGUAGGGUCCCUCCCUAUCUUCAAAAUCCAGAAUCUCCUAGGAAUCAGAUCCCAGGGUGAAAAUUCACACCUACAAAACAGACUACAGUUCAGUGAGGAGCUGAGUAGGGUCCCCAGUGAAGCUGUGAUUAUAUGGGCCUAUUAUAGUAAGUGGUAAGACUGCAACAAGUAGGGAGAAGCUGCGGCUAUAGGAACUCUCACUAUCUUGGGAAUAGUUUCUACACUUGGAUUGAAAGAGGUGGCAAAACGGGCAGAGUCUCUUCUCAAAAUAUUUCUUAGAGAAUGACAACCAAGUUCAGGGGUAAUGAUCCAGAGUAGGGCGAUUCCACAAAUCUAAUAAACUGUGUAAAAGA